UAGGUCGAUUACGGCGACGCAGAGCUGGUGAGAGCGGGGCAACGAGGAGAACCGUGUAUUUAAAAACCGCCUCAGGCAGACGCAGCAUUUACGAGCCUGCCGUUUUGCUUUUAUUUGCGGACUCCCAUCAUCCCUCCCUCCCGCUCUCCCUCCCUCCUCGCCCCCCCUGACCGAGGAUGACUAUGUCGGGUCCAGAAUGACAUGGUGGAGAGGAAAGCAAGCACCGGUUUAACCUGAGCAAGUGGACACUACUUCUUCUUCUUCUGUUCACCCCAGCAAACAUGCUCUGACUUUAAUUUUAUUUCAUUUUUAUCGCGUUGGACUGCUGCUGCCACUCUGACUCGUUAUUGUUCACCUCUAAAGUAACUGAGGGAGCUGCAGCAGCCAUAACAGGAGCUCAGGGUUUUCCUCCAUCCUCCAUCAUUUUUGCCUGGUCUUGUGUUGGAAGUUGAGGAGGAGAAGAAGAGGAGGAAGAAGGAGAAGAUGGGACUACCUGCCCUGGAGUUCAGCGACUGCUACCUGGACAGUCCACAGUUCAGAGAGAGGCUCAAGUCCCACGAACUGGAGCUGGACAAGACCAACAAGUUCAUCAAGGAGCUGAUUAAAGAUGGAAAAGCUCUCAUCCAGGCUUUAAAAGGUUUGUCGACGGCGAAGAGGAAGUUUGCCGACUCCCUCAACGAGUUUAAAUUCCAGUGUAUUGGAGAUGCGGAGACAGAUGAUGAGAUAUGCAUAGCCAAGUCUCUUCAGGAGUUUGCUGCAGUCCUGCAGAACCUGGAGGAUGAGAGGACACGGAUGAUAGAGAAUGCCAACGAUGUUCUGAUCAUGCCUUUGGAGCGGUUCAGGAAAGAACAGAUCAGCGCCGCCAAGGAAGCCAAGAAAAAGUAUGACAAAGAGACAGAGAAGUACUGCGCGGUGCUGGAGAAACAUCUUAGCCUUUCAGCCAAGAAGAAAGAGUCCCAUCUACAUGAAGCGGACAACCAGGUCGACAACGUACGGCAACAUUUCUACGAGGUUUCGCUGGAGUAUGUCUUCAAGGUCCAGGAAGUCCAGGAGAGGAAGAUGUUUGACUUUGUGGAGCCUCUGCUGGCGUUCCUCCAAGGCCUGUUCACUUACUAUCACCAUGGCUAUGAGCUGGCAAAGGACUUCAAUCACUUCAAGACUGAUCUCACCAUCAGCAUACAGAAUACGAGGAACCGCUUCGAGAGCACGCGGUCGGAGGUCGAGAUUCUGAUGAGGAAGAUGAAGGAGAAUCCACAUGAUCACAAGAGCGUCAGCCAGCACACCAUGGAGGGAUACCUGUUUGUGCAGGAGAAGCGCUCGUUUGUCUCAACCUGGGUGAAGUACUACUGCAGAUAUUACCGUGAGCCCAAGAGGCUGACCAUGGUUCUGUUUGACCCAAAAUCAGGAGGCAAAACGGGAGACGAGGAGAGUUUCACGCUCAAGUCCUGCACCAGGAGGAAGACGGAGUCGAUCGAAAAGAGGUUCUGUUUUGAUGUCGAGGCUGUGGACAGGCCGGGAGUGAUCACCAUGCAGGCUCUGUCGGAGGAAGACCGCAGGUUGUGGAUGGAAGCCAUGGAUGGGAGAGAACCGGUGUACAAUCUAAACAGAGACAACCAGGCUGAAGGCAUGGCUCAGCUGGAUGUCACCGGGUUUAACGUAAUGAAAAAAUUCAUCUAUGCCGUGGAGACUCGAGGUAUCAACGAGCAGGGAUUGUACAGAAUCGUUGGUGUCAACUCCAGAGUACAGAAACUACUGAGCUUGACUAUGGAUCCGAAGACAUAUGCUGAUGUGGAGCUGGAAAACCCAGAGUGGGAGAUUAAGACGAUCACAAGUUCUAUCAAACAUUAUCUCAGGAUGCUGCCUGCACCUCUCAUGACCUACCAGUACCAGAGGAGCUUCAUCAAAGCUGCCAAACUGGACAACCCGGAGGCCAGAGUGACAGAAAUCCAUGCUCUGGUUCACCGACUACCUGAGAAGAACAGGCAAAUGCUGGAGCUGCUGAUGCAACAUCUCUCCAAUGUGGCCAGUCACCACCAGCAGAACCUGAUGACCGUCGCCAAUCUGGGCGUGGUCUUCGGCCCGACUCUACUGCGCCCCCAGGAGGAGACGGUGGCGGCCAUCAUGGACAUCAAGUUCCAGAAUAUUGUCGUGGAGAUCCUGAUCGAGCACCACGAAAGGAUAUUCAGCGACGUGCCAAGUUCUCCGGCAGGUCUGGCCAACAUGCAGCUGAACCUGUCGAGAAGAAAAAGCACCGAGAGCAAAGCCCCGUCCUGCAGUGAGAGGCCUCUCACGCUCUUCCACACACCGACACAUUCCCAGAAAGGUGAAAAGAGAAACAGCGUCGUCGGUUCCGCGGUCAGCAAUCCGCAGCAGCCGGUUUCGUCCUCUUCUGCCAACUGUAACAGCAGCAGCAGCAGCAGCAGCAGCAGCAGUCAAGGCCGGACACCGAGACACAGCCUGACCAGCAACGACGGAGAACAGGACACCAGGCAGAUUCGCCCCAGUUCACUGCUCAACACAAAGGGUCGUAGCAGCAUACCAACCAGUGCGACGUCUCCGAGCCCCAUCUCACCGCGGUCGCCGUCCUGGCCGAUGUUCUCGGCGCCGUCGAGUCCGCAGCCGACGUCCUCUGCCUCCAGUGAUUCCUCACCCGUCAGUAUCCCAGGCAGGAAGGCCCGAGCGCUGUACGCCUGCAAGGCAGAGCACGACUCUGAGCUGUCGUUCAUCGCCGGGACUAUCUUUGAGAAUGUUCAUGCUUCCAGGGAGCCGGGUUGGCUCGAAGGGACCCUGGACGGUCGAACAGGCCUGAUACCAGAGAACUAUGUGGAGUUUCUGCAGUCCACAUAGUUUCUCCUGGUCGACACUAGACCAGAGAGACGACCAAACAGACCAAAAAAGGACUCUAUUAUAUUUGGCUGCACAAGACUGGACCAGAUUACGUUAGAUCACUUCGUGGGCUUGGACUGGGAACCAUUUAUCGAUGAGGCCACUCCUGGAAACUGGACCAAGCGGAACCAUGUUGAAUGGAUAUGAUGCAGAAAUUAAGCGGGAAUGCCCCGAGGAGGGACCAAUGAAGUGCACUGGAAAAAAAAACAAAAAUCUCUGUGUGGUUUGGCUGUUAUUGAUUAGUGUGGAUGAUUUGCUGAAGCCCAAUGAUGAUGUGUGUGUUUGUGUGUUUGUGUGUCUGAGCUUGAUCUUUCUGAGCUGUGAGGACGUUUUCAGCCCGUGCUUGAUUCUUUUUUUGCACUGCACCGCUUCCCCCGCUCCCCUUUUUUUAAAUCAACGACAAAUGGAAAGGUGUGAUCAUCUCCUGUGUGUGUGUGUGUGUGUGUGUGACUGAUUAUCCAACACUGGGAGUGGAGUUUUUUUUUAAGUAUAAAUUAAUUGGGAUUGGGUAAAAAUCUCCAAAUGUGUUGUGUGCUAUAUUAUUGCUCAGUUCAAGACUAGAUCGGACUAGUUUCAGAGCCCCCACUUCAGCAGCAGGAAACCCCAGAGCAGAUCAAGCACAGGAUCAAGUCACUUGGG